AUGCAAGAGAAAUCACGUGAGGACAGGCGAAGAAGUCAACGACUUAAGGAACGUAGAGAAAGAGCAUAUGUGCGACGAAAUCAACAAUCUGCAAGUGAAAUUGAGACAAGAAGAGCACGCAAUGCUGCUUCCAUGCGUGCACGCAGAGCAGUCCAAACAUCUGAAGAUAUUCUCCAUCAACGUGAAUCAAAUACUGCUCGAAUGCGUAUAUUGAGAGAAAUUCAUGUUUCUAAUAAUAAUGAUGCAGCAUCAAUUAUUCCUGCCAUUGCUCCUUCCGUCUCUUUACAUAUUGAUUCUUUACCGACAGCACUAUAUCCAUUUCAACCAGAUACUCUAAAGCGACAUCGUCUGGGUAGAAUGGAUCAAAUAUGUCAAAAUUGUGGUGCUAGCAUGUGGUUGGAAGAGAGAAAGGCAAAUUCAAGGAAACGUUCACCUAUUUUUACAGGUUGUUGCGCAGAAGGCAAGGUUAUUCUUCCAGCUCUACAGAAUCCCCCAUCUGUACUAUAUAUGCUUCUUACUGGUGCUGAUACUAGAGCACGCAACUUCCGUCAGUUAAUUCGAUCAUACAAUUCAGCCUUGGCCUUUACCUCCAUAGGUGCGAAUAUUGUUUCAGGUGUUUAUACAUUCCGCAUCCAUGGAGAGUUAUAUCAUAGCAUUGGAUCUCUUUUACCUGUUCAAGGUGCAGAUUCUCCGCAUUUUACUCAGCUUUAUAUUUAUGACACAGAGCAUGAAGUGCAGAAUAGAAUGAAUGUGAUGCCCUCUCUAGAUGCUACUGUACUUACGGAUUUGCAGAGAAUGCUGGAUUUAAUAAAUCCAUAUGUUGGAGUUUUUCGACAAGUGCGUGAUAUAUUAACACAGGAACCUGCUACAAUGCUUUCAAUGGUAGUCAAGGCAGACAGGAAUAUAGAUUCACGACGCUAUAAUAUACCAACUGCCAGUGAGGUAGCAGUUAUUAUGGUAGGAAAUGGUCAAGAAACUGAGCCUUCUCAUCGUGAUAUUGUGGUUAAUCUUCGAGAUGGAAAUAUUCAACGAAUUUCAGAACUUCACAGAUCUUACAUUCCUUUGCAUUAUGUAUUGCUAUUUCCAAGAGGCGAAGAUGGCUGGCAUCCAUGGAUUCCUUUUCGUGAUAUACAAAUUGAUAUAGUAAUUAAUAUAAAUCAGGAUAAUACAAAUCAGGGUGAAAAUAAUGAAAAUAGUUCUGAGAGCGAGGAUGAUAACCUACAUGUGACAAAGCGUAAGUAUGUUACACUUAUGCAGUUCUAUUCAUAUUAUUUACAAAAUCGCUUGAAUUUCGUGAAAGCUAAUCAGAAAAAGAUCCGUGCAGAACUCUAUCAAGGCUUACAGGAUGCUAUUUGUAAUAUGGAUGAACUGAAAGAUGGAGGAACAGGCGAAAACCUUG